AUGACGUGGGGCUGUUCCUCAGAGCACAGCUGCAGCACAGCCACUGGGAAGAGGCAGGGCCCUAGCAGCACUGCCCUCCCACAUCCUCCCCUUGGGCUUUUUCAGUGGUAGGGGACAUGCAACCCGAGGGCCUCUGCUUGGCCUGAUCCUGACGCAGGGGCUCUCUGUCCCCACCGAGAGUGGAGAUGGCAAGUUUAUUGAGCUCCUCUCUGUCCAGCUGCCUCCCCUCCCUCCUCCUCUUCCUCCAAAUGUCUUCCAGCUAUGCAGGACAGUUCAGAGUAAUAGGACCAGGGCAUCCCAUCCGGGCUCUGGUGGGGGAUGAAGUGGAACUGCCAUGUCGCAUAUCUCCUGGAAAGAAUGCUACAGGCAUGGAGGUGGGGUGGUACAGGCCCCCCUUCUCUAGGGUGGUUCAUCUCUACCGAAAUGGCAAGGAUCAAGAUGGAGAGCAGGCACCUGAAUAUCGAGGCCGGACAGAGCUGCUGAGAGACACUAUUGGUGAAGGAAAGGUGACUCUCAGAAUCCGGAAUGUAAGGUUCUCAGAUGAAGGAGGUUUCACCUGCUUCUUCCGAGACCAUUCUUACCAAGAGGAAGCAGCAAUGGAAUUGAAAGUGGAAGGAAAACUUCGAGCAGAGAUAGAGAAUCUCCACCGGACUUUUGAUCGCCACUUUCUGAUGGUGCCCUGCUGGAAGAUAACCCUGUUUGUAAUUGUGCCGGUUCUCGGACCCCUGGUUGCCUUGAUCAUCUGCUACAACUGGCUACAUCGAAGACUAGCAGGGCAAUUUCUUGAAGAACUACGUAAGUUCUCUUUUCCUUCUUAUAAGCUGAGAACCAAAAACCAGGAAAGCAGUAAGAGGAAGAGGCGGGCUAUUGAGGGAUCAAAAUCAUGGAGAGGAGAGGCUGGAGAGCAUGGACGAGGGGGGACUCCUGUGAGGUAGAAGUGAAGGUGGCCAACUGUUAGAGACAAGUUUCACAGGUGGCAGGGAGGGAAGCAGGGGCCAUUCCUACCUGCUGUCUGAUUUGCUCCACCAUUACCGCCCCUCUGCAGGAAUCCCAUUCAAGCUGGCCUCCUUUCCCAUUCUUUCCAGCAGCUGCCCUGUGCCUCACCUCUAAGACCAACCACUGAGGCAGGCACAGAGACAAGAUGACCCUAGAGGGCUUUUCCUCUCCCUGAGUUAAUGGUUUCAUGACUGAAACUACUGACAGAUUUUUCAAGUUAUUUUCUCCUCCUUCUAGGAAACCCCUUCUGAGUGAUGUUGCAUCUUGGCAGGGGUGGAGAAGAGCCUGGAUGGUCCAAGGAUUGGUCCUUGGGGAUGUCGCAUCCAUCAAGUUGCACACUCACUGGCCUCUUCACUAUGGGGACAUUUCAAUCUGCACUUCCAGGAAUGCUCUGAAUUCCAAAUAGGAUUGAUUUCUCUUCUUCUGUUAUCUACCUUUUCUUUCUAUCCCCCAACUCCUUCCUUCCUUUCCCCCUUUUUGCUACCCACAUCUUUCCACUCUUCUCUCCAUCUUCCAUCUGGAAGCCCUCUCUGGCUUUGGCCAGGCAGGUGCUCUUCUCUCCAUCAGAGGACACCUGUGCUGGAGAGUAAUCCACACAGGAAGGUCUCUGCCAUGAGUUGGAGACCAGGAACCUCUCAUUGCAAAUUAUAGCAUGCCAACUUUGCAAAUUGUGGUUGUUUCUUCCAAGACCUCAGCCAUGAUGGGCAGAGCUGAGAGGUGUAGAGGGUUGAACAGAAGGAACAGGAAGAGUCCAAAACAUCAGAGAGCUGAGUGAGCUGCAGAGUGAGGACGUGGGAAACCCUAACCAAAACUGGAGAUAAGAGAAACCCAUAGACUACUUCCCAGAGCCCCAUCUCGCCUUGGCAGCCUACCAAGGAGCUCAGGAAGCAAGGGAUGAAAACUGGACAGUGCACCUGCUUUAGAAUGCCUCCCUUCUACUUGCACAUCUUGUAUGGAUGGGUCCCUCAGACUCUUUCCCUCCUCUCAUCUUUUUCUUCCCAUGUUCAUACCUAUCAGAGUAUCCACUGUUUUAUUCAACAAUUACUACUUGACGGUCUACCAAACACAAAGAAACAAGCUAGGUGCUAAUUAAUAA